AUGAGAGGCGUGAAAAGGAAGCGCGGAACGAACUGCAAUCUUCUGGAGCAAGGACUGGAGAAGUUUUACGAUGCCUGCGUCGCCAAGGAAUUGAGAGCGGUCUCCUACGACAUGAUGAUCACCAAAGCGCAGAAGAUCAGCGAAGAGCUGAUCUCCAAUUCCUUGGUGGAGUCGGAGGACUUACCUGGAACAGAUACAGCAUGGAAGUCUUUCGUUCAGCGAUUUCUUGCGAAGCGUGCUAUCAAGUCCAAGAAAUUACACGGCGAAGCUGCUGUCGCUGAUAUAGCUGCCGCUGAGAAAUUUCUCACCAACGAAUGGCCAGACAUCUUCGCUAGUGUGGACAACGACGACUCCCGUGUUUGGAACAUGGACGAGACAGGUCUGUUUUGGAGAGCCUUACCUGACCGGACACUUUCUCGUUCCGACAAACGGCUUGCCGGUGGAAAAACGCAGAAGGACAGGAUAACGUUCGCUGUCGCUGUUUCCAUGGCUGGUGAAAAGCUUUUCUUGCACGGGAUGGGUAACUCCAAGAAUCCAAGAGCUGUAGCUGCUGCCAAGUCAACACCAGCUGAUGUUCUCGGUGGUCGCUGGAACUCAAAUCCCAAGGCUUGGAUGAACAGUGAAGUCUUUGGUCUAGACAUAAGUCGCAAGCUCCGGCAGCGAAAUAAAAAGAUCGUUCUCCUGGUGGACAACUGCCCUGGUCACAAGGCGGAUGCUGUGGAGAGCAAGCUGGAUUUCGUGCGUGUUGUAUUCCUACCAAAGAACACCACAUCUAUUAUUCAGCCAUGCGACGCGGGCAUUAUCCAAGCGUUUAAGUCUGGGUACCGAAGACUGAUGCUGCGGAAAGUUAUCUAG